CUCGGCCGAGGAGGAAUCUCGGCAUAUAACCAACCGGUGAAUACCUUUGGAUAGACAGUUCUAUGCGGACGAAGCGUGGACGAAGUUGGUCUAAUAACAGAUCGGAGCAGAAGUUGGUUUUUUUUUGUUGUAAAGCGGUAAAAAUUUUUUCCGGCGAUACGCGAGAGUAAAUAAAUAAAAAGGAAACUUUGGCGUGAUAGCGAAAUCAGUGAACGGGUAAAAAUUGUAAACAUACAAGUGAAGAUGAUCCGGUGUAUUAUUAUUUCCGUUACCGUCGUGCUGUGUCUCGCCGUUUCCCGCUCCGAGGGAUCGGCUAUACCAAUGUGGGAAUUCCUCUCCAGGGACGAAAAAAUGAGUCACUUGUACAGAGUGUACAGUAAGCAAGUGGCGAAGUACUGCGGGGAUUCGUCGAUGCCGGACUGCAAUAAAAACCUGCUGGUUUCCGGUCUGAGAAAUCUCGCCAAUAUGAACGAAGAUUAUUUGGAUAAAAUGGACCCCUAUCAGCGCGGAGCCAAAGAAAUGAUUUGGCACGCACUCGUCACCAGCAAUGAUUUUGGUUCGACUUAUGACCGGAAUGGAAAUGCACACUACAACAACGGCGCAGAUCCAUUAGAUAACGGUUUUGAAAGCGACCAAAACGGCCUCGCCGAGGAAUCAUCGGCGCCGAUCAGCGAUUAUGUCAGACCUGCCGGACACACGGGACCCUACCUCAUGGGACCAAUGGUGAUCCGCGUUCUUCCCGACGGACGUCCAGUACCCGGCGAUUCGAAACUUCCGCUGCCACGAGACGAGGACGUCGACGAUUUGAAAUAUUCGAAGCUCCCAUCGAUCGCCGAAAUCGAAUCCAACAGCAGGUCCUUCUUCCUUGGUAAAUCUUUGGGCGCGAAACCGACGAAGAGACCGCUGUUCGCUUACGGUCAGCAAAAACCGAGCGUCAUACUCACCACGAGGCGGUCUCAUCGCCAACAAUACAAUCCGCUAUUUGGCGACAGACGAGCGGACGACGUCGAUACCUACGCCGCGCGAACUGUGCGCUUUUACUGAGUCGCGCGUUCCCCUCAUUUUUUCACAUUUUUUUCUGUCCACUGAUCACCGCGAGGUAAAAAGAUCCUGGUAUAUGGAGCGUGAUAAUUUUUACGUACGAUUUUUCAUUGUUCGAAGCGAUAAUGAGAAUCGUAUAUUUUCAUACAAUUGUAGUGUAUAAAGAUUAAUAUAAUUAUUGUUAUACGCAACUGACGAUUGGUUGGCUGUAUAAGGAUUGAGAGAUGAUGAUAAUCUGUGACGAGAUUAUUGCGUCAUUGAUGUUGAAUUCGGAUGAAAAAAGGAAAGAGAAUUUUCGGCCGACCAUGAUGAGAAUCUAUUCAUUGAAAAAGAGCACAUUUUAUUGUUGUAUACUAUUUUUAAGAUUCGCUAAGUUAAUUUUCAUACAUUUCUAUUUAUUUAAAUUUUCGUAUUUUAGUACUAAAAAAAAGAGAUACACGUCGUUGACAAUUGUAUUUCAAUUCGAUGACAUCGGGUCGUCAAAUCGCACGGAGGCACGUUGUGAACAAUUUUGACGCCUGAUUUAACAGCUGUUCGAAAUUAAUCGAACAGAAAUUUUUGUAAAUAUCACAUUGUACAUAAUUCUCGUACGAUACAUUCUACAUUUAGAUCAUUUUUCAUUACCUUUUUUGUCUUUCAUUGGUUAACGGUUAUAAUGUGUGAUAUAAUGCGUUGAGGCUCCCAAUUCACUUGAAAAUUAUCUUUAACUAAAAGAACAAAAAAAAAAUCCUCUUGUAUUUUUAAUGUCUUUCUCGACUAAACAGAUUAUUUUGAUUCUAACUAUACUAACUUAUGUUAUUGCAUAGGAUUUGUGAUAAAUCAAUGAUAACAGUAAGAUUAUAUUCGAAAAGAGAUAAUCGAAAACUAAAUUUAAAAACAUAAAAAAAUAUCUUGAAAAAAAAAGAAAAAACAAAAAAACAAAAAAACUAUUGGUAAGCUUAACACGUGAGUUGAAAAUCACGAAAUUGUAUGUCAUAUUGAUAAUACUGAUCUAUGAACCUUUUUUCUCUUUCCUUCUUUAUUUUGCCUUCCGAGUCAAACCGAACGAAUGAACCAAACAUUUUUGUUACAUACUGGAAAUUCUUUUGUAAAAUGUGGAUCGUAUCGUCGGUGGGCUGUGGGAGGAAGGUAAAGAAUGAAAUUUCUUAUUCUUUACAUACGUGUUUAAUUUGUGAUGUUACCCAUACGUAUUACUAGACAUAGCUAUCCUAAUUGUACAUAUAUACAUGUGUCCCUAGGAAUAUAUGUAAUACAAUGAACAAAUGCAUAUAGAUUUGUUUUUAUUUGUAUAAUUAUAUAUAUUUAUAUGUAUAUUAUUCUCUAUCAAACGUACAACUCUGAUUAUUAAACAAUAACAAUGAUACUAUUAAUAACAAUAAGAAGAAAUGCUUUAAAAUAA